CUGAUCUUCUUCAGACCCUAUGAUUUCAAAAGAACAACUGUGGACUAUCGGGUCAUAGGCUCUGAUGAAGAGAAAGACGUCGAAACGUUAACAGAUAGUUCUCUUUCACAACCUCAUGUUAGCUUAACAAUCCGUGAAGCUCACAAGCGAAGCGGCACGAUCUUUAGCUGGAGAGUUGCAGCUGUUACCUUAGGAAUAGGUGCCACUUGUCUAGCUGCACUUCUAUACAUUCGCAAGAUUAGGAUGGAAGAACGAGAGAAGCACAUGAAGUAUAUCGCGGGGAAAGCUCGAAUCGGAGGCGAUUGGGAACUCGUGAACACAGAGGGCAAGCUGGAAGGAUCAGAGCAGUUGAAAGGUAACUGGCUUCUUAUGUACUUUGGAUUCACUCACUGUCCUGACAUCUGCCCAGACGAAAUCGAGAAAAUGGUCAAGGUCGUUGACAUCCUCGAUUCGAAACUCUCCAACGAGAAAAUACCGAUAAAACCUAUCUUCAUAUCUGUUGAUCCGCAGCGCGAUACGCCUGCUAGAGUAAAACAAUACUGCGCCGAGUUCUCACCUAAAAUUCAAGGCUAUACAGGUUCACAGGAACAGGUGAAUAAAGUGGCAAAAACAUUUCGUGUGUACCAUAGCCAAGGACCGAUCACAGGAAAGGAUAAGGAUGACUAUAUCGUCGAUCACACCGUUAUUACUUAUCUUAUUGAUCCGGAUGGGAAUUUCCAUGACUAUUACGGUCAAAAUAGAACCGCUGAAGAGAUCGCUAGGAUCAUUGAACUCAAAGUGCUUAAAUAUCGUGCCCAAAACCGCAAAGGAAUUCUUGGUUUCUGA